GACGAUGGUGCAACGCUGCAAGAUUUGUCCGAGNNCGAGGCCCUCGAGGCAAGGAUUGGCGUCUCAGCAGGAAAAAAGUUGGUGCUGAUGUCUGGUGAGAGCACCUUGGAUGAGCGUGGGCUCUCCGUGGGACACCUUCCGAAAGCGCCGAUUACGUAUGUCAUCCAGCAGGUUGGCGCCGGACGCGCAUCAUGGAGUUUGACACGGAUAUUAAUCAUAUUGCGCCGUCAGGAAACUGUGCCUACGCUGGCCGAAGUAGGAGACCUCAAAGCAAUUUCUGCGGUUACUUUCGGGCACACGUUCAACCAGAGUCUGGAAGGUGUCACGCUGCUAGCUAACCUGCAGACAUUGACAUUUGGAGACGAUUUCAACCAGAGUCUGGAAGGUGUCGCGUGGCCAGCUAACCUGCAGAAUUUGACAUUUGGCUACAGUUUCAACCAGAGUCUGGAAGGUGUCACGUUGCCAGCUAAGCUGCAGACAUUGAUAUUUGGCUACAGUUUUAGACAGAGUCUGGAAGGUGUCACGUUACCAGCUCAUCUGCAGAAUUUGACAUUUGGCUUCUAUUUCAACCAGAGUCUGGAAGGUGUCACGUUGCCAGCCAACCUGCAGAGCUUGUCAUUUGGCGGCUCUUCCAACCAGAGUCUGGCGUUCAACCAGAGUCUGGAAGGUAUCACGCUGCCAGCUCACUUGCAGACAUUGAUAUUUGGCUUCUAUUUCAACCAGAGUCUGGAAGGUGUCACGUUGCCAGCUCACCUGCAGAACUUGACAUUAGGUGGCGGGUUCAACCAGAGUCUGGAAGGUGUCACGUGGCCAGCUAAGCUGCAGACAUUGACGUUUGGCUUCAAUUUCAACCAAAGUCUGGAAGGUGUGACGUUUCCGGCCAACCUGCAGACAUUGACAUUCGGCCAGGCGUUCAACCAGAGUCUGGAAGGUGUCACGUUGCCAACUAACCUGCAGAACUUGACAUUUGGUGGCGGGUUCGACCAGAGUCUGGAAGGUGUCGCGUGGCCAGCUAACUUGCAGAACUUGACGUUUGGCUACAAUUUCAACCAGAGUCUGGAAGGUGUCACGUUACCAGCUCACCUGCAGAACUUGACAUUUGGUGGCGGGUUCAACCAGAGUCUGGAAGGUGUCACAUUGCCAGCUAACCUGCAGACAUUGAUGUGUGGCUACGAGUUCAACCAGAGUCUGGAAGGUGCCGCGUUGCCUGUUCUAGUGCAGAUUUGGUAUGGCUCGGCUCACAUUUUGAGUCAUGUUGUCGUUCACCAGGAGGCUGCAAUCUAG